GCGAAAAUCGCGAUCCCAACGCCGCGAACUGUUCGAUAGUAUAAAAGGCCCUCCAAAGUCGGGGAAUCCUUCGCAACAAAAUUUCGACGUAACAGAGAGGGAGAAGCGCGAGCAGUUCUACCAGCAUCUUGCCGCAGCCGUGGAAUGCAGCAGAGAGGUAGAGCAAACAACCGAAGAUCCAGGAGCUUUUCCAGAUGCCGCCUCGCCGUUGAGGGUUCUUAGGCUUCGUUUAUAUCUCUAUCUUCCUCCUCUUCCUCACUCUCGCAUUCUUCUUUCUCGGUUCUAAUCGGCGGCAAUGGCUUCUCCUAACAAUGCCGGAGAGGAGCGCGAGGUGCAGAAGAACUACUGGAUGGAGCACUCUGCGGAUUUGACUGUGGAGGCUAUGAUGCUUGACUCCCAAGCCUCUGAUCUUGACAAAGAAGAGCGACCUGAAGUUCUUUCUCUGCUUCCUGAUUAUGAUGGCAAAACCGUAUUGGAACUUGGAGCAGGAAUCGGCCGUUUUACUGGCGAAUUAGCGCUGAAGGCUGGCCAUGUUAUUGCUCUAGACUUCAUAGAGAAUGCAAUAAAGAAGAAUGAAAGCAUCAACAGCCACCACAAGAACGUCAAGUUCAUUUGUGCCGAUGUGACAUCGCCAGAGCUACUCAUUUCUGAUGAGUCAAUAGAUUUGAUAUUCUCAAAUUGGCUGCUCAUGUAUUUAUCUGAUAAAGAGGUGGAGAAUUUGGCUGGAAGGAUAAUGAAAUGGUUGAAGGUUGGUGGAUAUAUAUUCUUCAGAGAGUCAUGUUUUCACCAGUCUGGAGACUCUAAGCGCAAAUACAACCCAACGCAUUAUAGGGAACCCAGGUUUUAUACAAAGAUUUUUAAAGAAUGCCAAAUGCGCGAUGAGUGUGGAAACUCCUAUGAACUCUCUCUUAUAAGCUCCAAAUGUAUUGGUGCUUAUGUACGAGCUAAGAAGAACCAAAACCAGAUUUGCUGGGUAUGGCAGAAAGUCCACUCACAGGAAGACAAGGGAUUCCAGAGAUUUUUAGAUAAUGUCCAAUAUAAAUGUAAUGGCAUACUGCGUUACGAGCGUGUAUUUGGUCAAGGUUUUGUCAGUACAGGAGGAAUAGAGACCACCAAAGAAUUCGUUGCAAAGCUAGAACUGAAGCCUGGUCAAAAAGUUCUAGACGUUGGUUGUGGCAUUGGGGGUGGUGACUUUUAUAUGGCAGAGAACUUUGAUGUCGAGGUUGUUGGCAUUGAUCUCUCCAUCAACAUGAUUUCUUUUGCUCUCGAGGCGGCCAUUGGACGCAAAUGCCCUGUUGAAUUCGAGGUUGCUGAUUGUACCAAGAAAACAUAUCCAGAAAAUACCUUUGAUGUGAUAUACAGCCGGGACACAAUAUUACACAUUCAAGAUAAACCUGCGCUGUUUAAAACCUUUUACAAGUGGUUGAAGCCAGGAGGUAAGGUUCUUAUCAGUGAUUAUUGCAGAAGUGACAGUACUCCGACAGAAGAGUUUGCUGAGUAUAUCAAGCAGAGAGGAUAUGAUCUUCAUGAUGUAAAGGCAUAUGGUCAGAUGCUGCGAGAUGCUGGCUUUGACGAGGUCAUUGCAGAGGAUCGCACUGAUCAGUUCAUCAGAGUUUUGCAACGUGAAUUGAGUACUAUAGAAAAAGAGAAGGAAGAGUUCAUUCAGGACUUUUCUGCGGAGGACUACAACGAAAUAGUAGAUGGUUGGAAAGCAAAACUAGUCCGGAGCUCCAGUGGUGAGCAAAGAUGGGGACUCUUCAUUGCCAAGAAAAAGUGAUUAUAAUUUAUGCUAUAUUUCAGUUUGUUGUUCCUUAUUUGAAGUCAUUAUUUGCUCUCUCUCAAGUCUUAAGUACCUCGUUCAUUUGACAGAACAAUCUCCUUUUAUAAUAAUAAAACCGUUUAGUUUUGAAAA